UUUGUUUGAAAUUCUCUCUCAACUCUCCUCUAUGCUUCAUUUCUUUCCUACAUAAAAGGACACUUUCCCUUUGCUUUUCAUCUUCAAAACCCACCAAUUUCCUCUCUUCCAACACCCAUUUCUUCAUCAAAUUCCAACCCAUUUCAACCUAAAUUCUUCAAAAUCUUUGAUAUGGGAAGGCAAAUUUUGAGAAAAAGAAAAAGGGUUCUUUCCCUUGAACCAAACAAACUUGCAUACACCAUGUUUGCAAGAAACUAUGUCAAAUAUUUGAUGACAUCUUUACCCAAAAUCUCUCAUCAUCAUCAACAACAUCAAGAACAAAAUUUUCAGAAGCUUGUGAAGUUUGAGGUUGACAUGGCAAUGGCUCAAUCAGCAACCGAGUUUUCAUGGGGCAAUGCUCUUAAAAAGAAGCUUCUUCAAAGAGAAGAUGGCAAUGGGAGUAAUGGGUUUGGUUUCUCUCUCCAAACGGUGAAAUUUUCUCAAGAAAAUUUAGAGAGAGAACACGAAGAACACGAAGAACGCAAAGAACCAAAGAUAGAAAAUGGGCUGAUGAAGCUGAGAAAAAUCGUCCCAGGUGGUUCAAAUGGAGAAUUGGAAGAAGAUGAUUUGUUCAAACAAACUGAGAGUUAUAUAAAAUGUCUUGAGUUGCAGGUCAAUGUUCUUAGAUGUUUGGUUGAUACAAACACAAAUUAAUUUUCCUUU